AUGUUUCGUUUUCUUUGUAGAACAACAAGAAAAGUAAUCGCUGAUAGCGAUUUAGCUCUGAAUCUCACUAGUCAACUGGGUUUUUCUCAAAAUAAGAUUUUCCCUACUAGGUUUCUUUCAUCAUCUUCGCAUGUAGAGAAGAAACCGUUAAAAACUAAACAAAGUGAACAGGAAGAGUCCUUGAAAGUUUCAUACUUGAUAAAUUCAUGUGGCUUGUCUUUAAAAUCUGCUGUUUCUGCUUCUAAGUUUAUUCAGUUGAAGAACUCUGAAAGAGCAGACUCAGUCCUUAGGUUUCUCAGCGACCAUGGUUUCACCAAAACCCAGAUCUCUAAAGUUGUGAGAGGAUACCCACGAGUCAUUUCAAGUGAUCCCGAAAAGACACUUUCGCCCAAGAUUGAGUUUUUCCGUUCUAUAGGGGCUUCAAGGAAUGACCUAGUGGAGAUUAUAGCUGGGAGUCCACAAUUGUUGUCUAGGAGUUUAAAGAAUCAUCUUAUCCCCAAUUACAAUUUCCUCAAGAAUGUUGUCAUUCAUGACGAAAAAAUUGUUAAAGUUUUGAAGCGCAUGGGACGGGGACUUUUACUGGAUUUAAGGAGUAAAAAUUUUGGUCCAAAUAUAGCUUUUUUGAAAGAUAUUGGUGUGCCUCAAUCUCGAAUUUAUUUUUUGGUGGCUAAUAUGCCAAGCGCAGCACCUUCCAAACAUUCUAAAUUUUGCAAGGUUGUCAAUGAGGUUAAGGAAAUGGGAUUCAGUCCCACCCAAACUGUGUUUGUUAUGGCAGUUGGAGUAAUUAACAAAUUGAAGAAAUCGGUUUGGGAAUCUAAGUUUGAGGUUUAUAGGAGGUGGGGUUGGUCUGAUGAUGUGACUCUGGCUGCUUUUAGAAGGAAUCCAUGUUGUAUGCAAAUAUCUGAGGAGAAGAUUACAAGAGUUAUGGAUUUCUUUGUGAACAAAAUGGGUUGGCUGUCGCGAGAUAUUUCCAAAAUGCCAGAAUUUUUCAAUUACAGCUUGGAGAAGAGGAUUGCUCCCAGGUGUUUGGUUAUUCAGGUUCUGCUCUCCAAAGGAUUGAUCAAAGAAAAUAUAUGUCCAUCUAGUUACUUAUGUGUUGGGCAGAGCAAAUUUAUUAAGAGAUAUUUCCAAAAUGCCACAAUUUUUCAGUUACAGCUUGGAGAAGAGCAUUGCUCCCAGGUGUUUGGUUAUUCAGGUUCUGCUCUCCAAAGGAUUGAUCAAAGAAAAUAUAUGUCCAUCCAGUUAUGUGUUGGGCAGAGCAAAUUUAUUAAGAGGCAUGUAACCAAAUUUCAAGAAGUUCCUGAGUUAUUCGAUGUAUUUCAGGGCAAAAUUGAUCUUCAGGAUGCCUUUCCUGGAUUUCAGAGGAACGUUGUCAUUCAUGAUGAAAAAAUUGUUACAGUUUUGAAGCGGAUGGGACGGGGACUUUUACUGGAUUUAAGGAGUAAAAAGUUUGGUCCAAAUAUAGCUCUUUUGAAAGAUUCUGGUGUGCCUGAAUCUUGA